AUGUCAGACCUACCGGAGAACAUUCGGUCCAAGGCGUUGGCCAAGCUCGCAAGCCUCGCAGUCGCAGCGCCGCAAAACGACGAGACCGACCUUGUACGACUGACUACCCACUAUCAAUCGUCUACCGCCCACGCGAAUGGACUCAAUGGCGUCCUACAAAACCAGGCUCCUACCGCGCGGAUUCCCAUGGGAAUUCGAGAGCUAGAUGUCCUCAUUGCGCUGUGCAAGGCCUCCUCCUCGGUAUCGAAGUACGAACACGCCUCCAAACUCGUUUCGCAACUCGCCCAGUAUCUGCCCGAGUCCCACAGCCAGCUCUUCCGCCAAUCGCCGUUUCUACACAACAUCAAGCCGUCGCCCUGGGAAUCCCUCACGUAUAACCUUACGUCCGCGCUGCUGUUCCUAGGAUCCGAGUACCCCGCUCUGCGAGAGACCGUUCACCAGGCCCUGAACGACUACGUAUAUAACUGCGCCGAAGCUGUCAAAGCGGCCGUCCCUCUCAGACCCUACGAUGAAGGAGCUGUCAAGCAUGGCGCGGGCUACGAAUGUGCUAGUGUGCUAUCGAUCACCGUCUCUCUGGUGGGGUUUUUGGAGGCGGCGGCGAAGUAUACUGCAUUCUGGUAUGCGACAGAGAAGCUGCGCAUCGUCGACCAUAUGCGGUCCAUGUUGUCCGAACCUUUCAUGGUUGCGAUCGAGACUGCGUCUUCGACCGUGCGCAAUGCGGCUGUCCCAGACUUGGCGCUCAGGGACUGGAGGAGGUAUACCCGACGGUAUGCGAGCGACGGGCGCCCUCUGGGAGCCAUGUUGCUGCAGGAAGGGUUCAUGCGCUUCGUCAAGGCUUGUAUGACAUCCCUUAUCGGGGCGCAAAACCUAUCGGACGAUGAGCUCCUGGACGACUACAUGGAUGGCGUUGGGAUUGCGAGGAGCAACGACCAUGCCGAGAAGGCGCUUGUGGACCGGGUCACAGAAAUUAUUGCCCAGCAGAUCCAGCUUUUGGAGGACGGGUCUGAUUAUCUGCAGCUGGGCUCCCCGUGGCAACAGCGACUCACUUUCUCUACAAAGACAUUUGCCUUGAUUGGAUUUCUUCACUGUGUCCUUCUGAGCGAAGACAAAGGGAGCAGCGAAGAUUUCCUUUCGUGGCUGGAGGACACGCUGAUUGAUCCCAAUCAGAUGUCGUGCGCAGAGUUGGCGACAGCAACUCUCAAGAGUAUUGCAAUCGUCGCACGGAUGUCCUUCAACAAUGCCUCGUCAGGAAGUCGGUCUCUCCUGAGGUUUAUCGUGGAAGGUAGCGUUCCCGCGAAACCUACUGGGUCUGUUGCUGCACGAUGCCUCGCUCAGGCUCUCGGUAUUCUGUCUGAGGAUGCUGUCAUCACGACCCUAUAUUCAUUGGGCAAUGUGUUGAGCCCAGGCUCGGGCACGGACAAAGCAUACCAUGCUCACGCCGGCGAGGCAAAUGGUGCACUUGGUGCUAGCGUUGUGUCCCUCGCAACUGAUGGUGAGGAGGGCACCGUACCGUACAAAAACGUCAUUCAUGCCAUCGUGACGAUUGCGACGAGUUGCAACGACGAGAAAAUCAGUGCUCUCGCCCAGUCCAUGUUGCUGCAGAAGAUAGGAAAGGUCAACGCUGCAGUUGAUUGCUGCAUUGUCAAGGAGACCGCCUCGCUGGCUCUUAGCACAGGCCAAGCGGAGUUCCACCUUUUACUCAAAUUUUACGAUCGUAUCUACCGGGAUGGGCUAAGCAAGGGACAUGCUGGUACCGCAAAUGCUAUCCAGAGUGCAAUGACGUCCUUGUCAACCACUCUAAAGAGACAUUCCCCGCUUUACAGGACAUAUCUGAUCCACCUGCUGGAGAGCAUUGUGAACAAAGGCGACGCUCCCGAUUUCGAGAGCGAGCGACAGAAGGAGCUUGUUCUGGCACCUGAUGAGAUCGUCCCUCUUAUUAAGCCAUUGGCUCUACUUGUCGCUUCGGCAGGGGACGGCAGUGAAGAAGAUGGGCCCGUGAUGGAGUACGAACAGGAUGUCACCACUUUGUUCCGUGAUGCUUGGUUCAAUAUUGCCGUUCAUGGAAUCUCGCUCAAUUCUGCCGUCGCUCGAAGCCACCUCAAGGAGUUACGCCUCCUUGCAAAACAUACACCCCCUCUUGUCGCCGAAGAUCGAAUGGAGAUGCUUGAGAGCGACGUGGAACUCAACACGAUUCUUAGGAGAGGAAUGAGCCAACAGCGUUUGCUGGAGCAAAAGAAGGUCCUGAUGACAGAGCUCCCGAGCCGGGAACAUGACAUCAAGCGGUUGAACUACCCAAAGGCCGUUUUCCUGAAUGCGGCCAUGCUGGUAGAGAGCCUGCGAGCUUUGUCGGGCGACUGUACCAAGUUCCUCCAUUAUUUCCGGGACCCUGCUCUCACCACAGUCGAGAUGGCCUCCUGCAUGAGUGCAAUUGCGGAAAAGAUUGUAGCAUGCUAUCUGUCUUUGACCCUGUCUGAAAAACACGAAGACUUCUCAAUUCCGUUCCUGUCAAAGGAGCUGGCUAAUCUCUUUGUGGCUUGCUGCCAUCGCAUCGAAAGAGUACAGAAUGUUGCGGUAUUCUGUGCGAACAAGAUCAUAAAAGAGUGCCCGUCAGCUCUCUGUGAGAAGCACUCGCUGUUUGCUCUGCUUGAACUUCUGACAGUGAUGUGGUCUUCGUGCCUUGAAGAGGAACUCGAUGAGUUUGAAUGGCGAUCUUCUUUCACCUCCCCCACAGGGCUCGUCAAGGUUGACCUCCCUGAUAACUACAACUUCAGAAAGAAGACCUUGGAUAUGCUUGUUGAGCGUGCCUGGGCGUGGGUGACAGCAGUGAUGGACAUCGCUCCUCUAGAUAUUAAAGGGCUCCUUCAGACAUAUUUAUCUGUCUCCGAGGUCAAUACUGAGUUUGGCCACGUUUCAAUGGGACGCUCCUUUGCGCUAGAUAUGGGAGCCCUUGUCCCUAACAGUGACCAACGACUCGGUUCCAUCGGUAGCUACGGAGAUAACAAAGUUGAUGUUGCGUCUGACUUUAUCGCUCAAUAUACAACGCGUCAGAAGUACAGAUAUCCCGAUGCUCUUUCGACCAACAUUUCGGGGCACGGUCAGGCGAAGGUCAACGGGCAUGAGAUUUCACACACUGAAGUUCGCGAUACUCUCCGACAGGCUGCUGCACUCCUGUGCAAUAAAGAGGACACCCACCCUGCUCUCUCUCAUUACCUGGUUGCAUUGCCGUUCGAGAUAUUUACGAAAGAAUCCAUCAGUCUCGGACUGUCCCUUUGGUUGGGAGUCAUUAACGAAAACCCAAGAGUCGAGCCGAAGAUCUUGGUGGAGGUAAUGACAGCUUGGGAGAGGACCAUUGAGCGGCGCAAAGGACUGUUCGACCCGUCAUUCGAUUACAUCGAUCCGCUCUACGCCAAGAUCGAGCUUUUGCCAACAGACAAGGCACUGAUGCUCAGCAAGCAACAGAAGGCGCAAAAUAUCCUUACGCCACACCUUCUCGUGCUUCAAUUCUUCGAGAGCCACUACAGCGCGAUACGUCUGGGUAACGUGCAAGAUCAGCGCCUGUUCGGUCGACUCAUCGACCGGACAACCGUAGGCCUCUUGCACACGGCCGGCCAUCCCUUAUCUAGGGAACUGCACUUCCGCAUCAUUCUUUUCAGUCUGAAGGUACUCGGGCACUUCAGCUCGACCGACCCGGCCGCGUCGUGGAAGCUGAAAGAUCAGAUCCUGUCCGCGGCGCUGCAUUGGUUCAAACAUCCGCCGAGAUGGUCUUUUGGAGGCAAUCGACUGCAGAUCAAAGCGGAAGAUAAGAUCCUGAGUGAUGUUGUAUCGGCUUUGGGUAGCGUUUCCGGAAUUGCUUCGCAAAACCGUGGCGCCUAUAAGUCGCUGCAAGGGAAGCAGGACCUCCUUCAUGCCCUUAUCGAGAAUGAGAGGUCCCGUCUGAGGGUUUGGCUGUAUCCGCUGGACCCGGAGCGCAAGCAUUACAUGUCUCAUCCAUCUGGGAACAGGAAUCUCAUGGAGGAGGUGACGUCUCUCCUGUGGCUUGCUUGGGCCGAGAGCCCGGGCUUGGCUAUCCAGCUUGCCGCCCGAUUCCCGUCUCCAAAGCUGAAGAAUGAUGUUCGGUGGUUGUUGCUCAACUUCCCAGAGAAGGUCAUCGAAGAAGCCAGCAGCCUUGAGAUCAUGUUCGGCACCUCUCUCCCUUCGGAUGUGUCUUUCCAAUUGAAGUACCUAUUGUACUGGGCGCCCGUAAACCCUACCGAAGCCUUGACAUACUUCCUGCCGGCAUACGGAAACCAUCCGUACAUAUUGCAAUACGCCAUGAAGGCUAUGGAGAGCCAUUCCAUCGACGUCCGCUUCUACUUUGUCCCUCAGCUGGUUCAAGCCUUGAGAUACGAUACGCUAGGUUACGUGGAGCGGUACAUCAUGGAGACGGCCAAGCAAUCCCAGCUGUUCGCGCACCAAGUGAUCUGGAACAUGAAGGCCAAUUCGUACAAGGAUGAGGACUCUCAAAUUCCUGAUCCCCUCAAGCCGACAUUAGACAGAUUCAUGGACACCCUGGUAACAAGCUUCAGCGACGAAGAGCGCGAGUUCUACGAGAGAGAAUUCUCCUUCUUCAACGACAUCACCGGGAUCUCCGGAAAGCUGCGGCCGUACAUCAAGAAGAGCAAACCCGAGAAGAAGGAGAAGAUCGAAGAAGAGCUCCGCAAGAUCAAGGUCGAAGUCGGCGUCUACCUCCCCAGCAAUCCCGACGGAGUCGUCGUCGGCAUCGACCGCAAGUCCGGCAAGCCGCUGCAAAGCCACGCCAAAGCGCCGUACAUGGCGACAUUCCGGAUCCAAAAGACACGGGCGCGCCCGGACUCAAUCACAGCACCGCAAUCAACCACCGGAAACGAAGUAAUGGCCCCCACCACCCAAGACGACAACACCGAGACCUACGAGGUCUGGCAGUCCGCCAUCUUCAAAGUUGGCGACGACUGCCGGCAGGACAUGCUCGCGCUGCAGAUGAUCGCCGCCUUCCGCAGCAUCUUCUCCAGCAUCGGGCUCGACGUCUGGGUGUUCCCGUACCGGGUCACGUCGACCGCACCGGGAUGCGGCGUGAUCGACGUGCUCCCCAACUCGAUCUCGCGCGACAUGCUAGGCCGCGAGGCCGUCAACGGCCUCUACGACUACUUCGUGUCGAAAUACGGCGGCGAAGACUCGAUCCGCUUCCAGGAGGCGCGCACCAACUUCGUCAAGAGCAUGGCCGCCUACUCGGUCAUCUCGUAUCUGCUGCAGUUCAAGGACCGCCACAACGGCAACAUCAUGGUCGACGACGCCGGCCACAUCAUCCACAUCGACUUCGGCUUCUGCUUUGACAUCGCCCCUGGUGGCGUGCGCUUCGAGCGCGCCCCCUUCAAGCUGACCUCCGAGAUGGUCGCUGUCAUGAGCGGCGCCCAGGCCGCCCAGGGCGGCGGCAGCGGCAUCCCCGGCACCGGCACCGGCGGCGGCGGGUCGCACCACCCCACUAGCACGCAGCCGUACCGGUGGUUUGAGGCGCUGGUCGUCAAGGCGUUCCUGGCGUCGCGGCCGUACAGCAGCAAGCUGGCGCAUAUUGUGUCGCUGAUGCUGGAUAGCGGGCUGCCAUGUUUCAAGCCCGAUACGCUGAAGAAUUUCCGCGAUCGCUUUGUGCUCGACAAGAGUGAGCGCGAGGCGGCCGAGUAUAUGCGCGAGCUGGUGCGGAAGUCGUACAUGAGCGUGUCGACCAAGGGAUACGAUCAGUUCCAGUUGUUGACUAACGGAAUUCCGUACUAG